AUGGUUUCCAUUUCUGCAGAUUUUAGAGGUCAUGUUCUCUGUGUUCCAUACCCACUUCAAGGCCACAUCAACCCAAUGCUCAAGCUCGCCGAACUCCUCCAUCACAAAGGCUUUCUCAUAACUUUUGUGAAUACCGAGUACAACCACAAACGCUUGCUUAGGUCCAGAGGCCCCGAUGCCCUUGACGGCUUCCCUGGCUUUCGCUUUGAGACCAUCCCCGAAGGCCUUCCAUUUUCUGAUGCCGAUGUUAGCCAAGAUGUCCCUUCUCUUUGCGAUUCCACCUCCAAGAAUUGCCUCGUCCCUCUCUGCAGCCUCCUCUCCAAACUCAACGAUACGACCUCUUCCAACGUGCCGCGCCCGGUCACCUGUAUUGUGUCUGACGGCUGCAUGUCCUUCACCCUUGAUGCUGCUGAAAAGUUUGGAAUUCCAAACGUACUUUUCUGGACACCUAGCGCCUGCGGCUUCUUGUGUUAUAUGCAUUAUCGUCAUCUAGUUGAACGAGGUUUAACACCUCUCAAAGAUGCAAGCGAUCUAACGAAUGGGUAUUUAGAAACGGCAAUCGAUUGGAUUCCCGGAAUGAAAAACUUGCGGCUGAGGGAUCUUCCGAGUUUCAUUAGAACUACGGAUGAGAACGAUAUCAUGGUCAACUUCCUCAUCCGGGAAACGAAGAGAACUCCAAGAGCUUCAGCUGUGGUUUUGAACACGUUCGACCCAUUUGAAAAGGACGUUUUGGAUGCUCUCUCGUCUUUGCUUCCUCGUAUAUACACCAUCGGUCCACUUCUGUUACUUGCCGAUCAGAUUAAAGAUGACAAAUUGAGAUCAUUAGGUUCCAAUCUGUGGAAAGAACAGCCCGGGUGUGUGGAAUGGCUAAAUACAAAAGAACCUAACUCCGUGGUGUUCGUAAAUUUUGGCAGCAUCACUGUGAUGACGCCCCAACAACUCGUCGAGUUUGCUUGGGGACUUGCCAACAGUGGAAAACCCUUCUUGUGGAUUAUAAGGCCUGAUCUUGUGGUGGGAGACUCGGCCAUUCUGCCUCCUGAAUUUGUUACCGAAACUAAAGAUCGAGGCAUGCUAGCAAGUUGGUGCGCUCAAGAACGAAUCCUGAAGCACCCAUCAAUAGCUGGGUUUCUAACGCAUAGCGGGUGGAAUUCCACACUUGAAAGCGUGUGCAGUGGAGUGCCAAUGAUCUCCUGGCCCUUCUUUGCCGAGCAGCAGACGAAUUGCAGGUACUGCUGCACUGAAUGGGGCAUUGGGAUGGAGAUAGAUAACAACGUUAAGCGGGACGAGGUUGAGAAACUGGUGAGGGAGUUAAUGGAGGGUGAUAAGGGUAAAGAAAUGAAGAAGAAGGUAAUGGAGUGGGAGUCAAAGGCAGAAGAGGCUGCCAAACCUGGCGGUUCUUCUCACCAGAACCUGGACAAAUUGAUUGCCGAUGUUCUCCUGCCUGGAAAUGUUUAAAUCCAGACAAAGAAGCCACUUUCAAGUUUAUAAUAAUAAACUUAUCUAUAGGAUUUAUCUGGUUGCCUUGUUGCAUAUAUGCAUUUUUAAAG